CCUAUUUUAGUUUAUCGUGUUUCCUCUUAAAGCUAAAAAUAUGCGGUUUAAACCUACGAUUUAUUUAACAUUACUUAUUUUAACGGAAAUAAAAAUGGAACUCAUUACUGAUCAUGCACUUUCGGUAGUUUACAUGAAAAAUCUAGUAGAUAUGGAGGAUAAUUUCAUCGGCGAGCUAACCAACUAUACAAUAGCUCUAAAGGAAAAAAUAAAUACCAUAGAGAGUUUUCUUAAGGAAGUUCGAAUUAAACGAGAAAUAUCUAAGAAAAAUCCCGAGGAGUUUGUGUCGAAUCCUUUAAAUGGUUAUUCUCUAAUUCGUCGUCUUUACGAGGAUUGGUCCUAUUUCGAGUUGUACUUGCCAAUAGUUGCGGGCGCUAGCCACCUGGAAAAUAUUAAAAAUAAUCUAAACACUAACACCGUCCUAGACAUGGACAUGGAGGAUGCUGCUAUGGGUAUUUCUUCGAUAGAAGUAUACUAUGAUCUGGAAGCCACAGAUAUAGCCAGGGGAUUUUUUAGGGGCAAGCAAUACAAUGGCACUCUUAAUACUAUGGAAUGCCUUGUUAUGGCCAACUACGCUACAAUUAAUGGCCGAGAACAAUCAUCUAUAAAUUGGCAUGAGGCAGCUUUCCAACGGUAUGAACAGGAUGAAAUGGAACACGGUCAAGAAUUGCGGCAAGUUUUCGAUUUUUCGUUACCACAGUUAUUCAAAAAAUAUACAGAUUCCUUGAUGGUUAAAGGAUUUCGAAGAGCCAGUAUAGAUCUUCUUCGAGGAGUUUCCGAUUCCGACGUCAGAUUGUGGCAACUUCAACGCCUGCUUGAGAAACAAAUUAAAGCUUUUGGGGUCGAUGCAACAUAUAUUAAGCCGCCACUUCAGAACUUCCAAAGAAACUGUAUGGACCAAUCAAAAACACCAAAUUCAAAACUAAAAUGUUUCUAUGAACAAAAACGGACAGCCUUUUUGGCAAUUGCUCCUCUUAAAACGGAAAUAUUAAGUCUUGAUCCCUAUAUAGCGAUUUUCCACGAUGUCAUUUAUGAAAAUGAAAUAAGGAGAGUGAAAAAUAUAACACUUUCUUCGUUCAAGGGUCCUUUGAGGUAUUCAAAUCGGGAUGAAUACAACGUCCAAUUUGCCAAAGUCUAUGAAGAUCAGCAAAGUAUGUUGAAUAAACGCAUUGAGGACUUAACAGGAGAUGUUGUGGCUAAGGAGGAUAAGGACUUUGACGUAUACAACUAUGGCAUAGGAGGAAUUUCAUAUUCCCACUUGGAUGUACCCAGUGAAGAAGAUGCAGAGGCUGGCCUAGGAAACUAUCUUACUAGUAUUAUGUUUUUCUUGAGUGAUUUGGAAGAUGGCGGCGCCUUAACGUUUGAUAAUGAGGGUCUUACAGUUCCACCUAAAAAAGGAUGUGCUUUGGUUUGGCGAAAUUUGGAUAAUUUCAUGACUUUCGAUCCGCGGUUAUUCCAUUCGUCCUGUCCUGUUAUAAUGGGCUCCAAGUGGACCCUCGUUAAAUGGUUGCACGAAGUGCCUCAAAUAUUUGCCAGACCAUGCCGGAAUACUUAUCUUGAAUUUAAUGCUUAAAUUGAAUUUGUAUUUUAUUAAGCAGUUUAGUAGUAAAAUAAAGACUUAAAUACUUAAAAAAAACCGUAACAAGCGUAGAAAAUUAUUAAUUGAUUUCUCUUCGGAAUAAAUUCUUUCAAACUUA